CUGAGCAGGUAGCUCUCCUCGGUGCUGAAAUCAUUCGCAGCUCGUCGUGAUAAUGUAAACGGCGAUGAUCCCAUCAGCCAGAAAACAUCAAAAUGGACGAUGAUCUGUUCCAACUGAGACAGCUGCCUGUUGUCCGCUUCCGUCGUACAGGUGAGAGCAUACGCUCAGAGGAUGAUGGAGAGAACAGAGAACAGGUUAUCAGGAUCGCCGAGCAGACUGAUCUGGAGUCUGUGGCUCUUACAGACGGAGCUCCGGUUCCUCGGGAGUUUGCCAAUCCGACUGAUGACACAUUCAUGGUGGAGGAUGCCGUAGAGGCCAUCGGCUUUGGGACCUUUCAAUGGAAGCUCUCCAUCCUCACUGGUCUGGCCUGGAUGGCCGAUGCCAUGGAGAUGAUGAUCCUCUGCAUCUUAGCCCCUCAGCUCCACUGUGAAUGGAAGCUGUCCAGCCUCCAGGUGGCACUUCUUACAUCGGCAGUGUUUAUUGGGAUGAUGCUCAGCUCCUCUCUUUGGGGAAACAUAUCUGACAAAUACGGCAGAAAAACAGGUCUGACGCUGAGUGUGCUGUGGACCAUGUUCUAUGGCGUACUGAGUGCAUUUGCACCAGUCUAUGGCUGGAUCCUCGUCCUCCGUGCACUCGUGGGCUUUGGCAUCGGAGGAGCCCCACAGUCGGUGACACUGUAUGCUGAGUUUCUGCCAAUGAGGUCCAGAGCCACAUGCAUCUUGCUGAUUGAGUCACAGAUUGAGACAGUGCUGGUGACCAAACGUAACAAGAGGGAGCUCGGAUGCAACUUGGAGUGUAAAUAUCUGAACUCUGACGACUACAAAGACCUGUUGUGGACGACCUUAUCUGAAUUCCCAGGACUUCUAGUGACACUGUGGGCUAUCGAUCGAUUAGGAAGGAGGAAGACCAUGGCGUUGUGUUUCUUCGUCUUCUCUAUGUGCAUCAUUCCACUCUAUGGCUGUGUUGGGAGAACAUCCAUGACAGUUUUGAUAUUCAUCGCCAGAGCUUUCAUCGCAGGAGGAUUUCAAGCUGCGUAUGUGUACACUCCAGAGGUGUACCCAACAGCGACCAGGGCUUUAGGUCUUGGAAUGAGCAGUGGGAUGGCCAGAGUCGGUGCCCUCAUUACACCUUUUGUUGCACAGGUAAUGUUGGAGUCUUCUGUGCACCUGGCUCUGUCCGUGUACUGCUGCUGCUGCCUGCUCGCCGCCAUCGCCUCCUGUGCACUGCCAAUAGAGACCACAGGCCGCGGCUUACAGGAGUCCACUCACCGCGAGUGGGGCCAGGAGAUGGUGGGCCAGGAGAUGGUGGGCCGGGAGAUGGUCGGCCGGGCCCCCUCCCAAAGCUCAGGGGAACACCCUCCUUCAAGCUCAGGCUCCCAAGGAUGAGGACUUGUUUGCUGGAGCACAACUGGGAGAGGCAAGCACAGUGAGGGAAAGAGGCGAGGAGAGGCCAAAAAGCUCAACCAGCUUUCGGUGUCCAUCUCCAGUCCCAUGUUAUGACUCUUCAGUUUAGGCACUACGGUGGCUUCAAAGGGCCAGGCAGCACAAGGAAAUAUGUUUUAUUAUAUAGUCUUCAACUACCAUUGCUGUCACAAUUUUGCCACUGGAUAACUGCACAAGGGGCUACUGGAUGGAACAAAUGACCUACACCAGGGAAAAAUUGAGAACAAUAAAAGGUGGACAACAUGUGAACAAUUCAUGAGAUAAUUCAAAUACUUUACAUAAAGUAUUGCUUUUCUAAUUCAAGAGAAGUAAAGGUGAAUAAAGGACACAAAAGUGAUAGCUUCCAUCAACCAUCUUCUUUUGAAAGAGCCUUGAAGAAUAUCUAUUUGAGUUUGAGAGACCUUCUCUUAACCUUCUUUUAGCAUACCAGGCACAGGUGCAUAGAUAAAAGAGACCAACAUAUUGUGAACAAAAUUGUCAGUUAAAAAACUCAAGCUUUAUAAAAUGUACAUUACUGAAGUGAGGUACACUCCUGCAUCAUUAAGUCAACAGACAAUACGAUAAGGUCUGGGGAACCUUAAUUCAAAAAUAAAUUGUGUAAAGGCAGUAAAAGGACACACAGUAAGUCACUGUGUUAAACCUUGUGCUAAAUAUGUUCUUUAUUUGGUGUCAGUAUUAUUUCACAUUUUAACAUGGAUGAUGUUUGUUGUCAGCUGAAGAAACAAGUAUCAUUCUGAGGCCAUAUUAGAAUCAACAACCUUAUAAAUCUGCCAAAGCCUUCACCAUAGCAUAUUUACAUCAUACAGUGAACGAUAUUUCAUAAAUAUAACAACUGGAACAAGUCCACAGAUCCUGACCUGCAUCUGAGACAAUUGUAAGUUAAUGUUGAAGUCAAUCUAAAAAGUAUUUUCAUCGCUCAAAGUAACACAAUUUUAAAAAAUGCCAUGAACAUGAGUAUAUGGUGUCCUGUCUAUAAAUGCAGCGUCUCUUGCUCUACUCGACUCGAGGCUUUGCACACAUAGACCUACACAUGUAUGUAUGUACACAUCCAUUAACGGGAUGUUACACUUUGUCUUUCUGUAAAUAAUGUAUAUGUAUCAAUACCUGUUUUAGUUGUUGUCUUUGCUUUUGUUUGUAACAAAGGUGAUGUGGAGACUGACUUGUCAGAGUGACAUACUGUGCAAAGAUUUGUGUAAAAAAAAGGUUACAGGAACUAGUACAGGCCCAGCCAGCUGACUCUUUACCUGUUGGAGAUAUAGUGCUGUAUUAAGUGUCUGUGUGCACAGAUUCUUGUCGAUGCACUGGAUGUAAAUGUGUAUGAUACUAUAGUAAAUAAUCUUUCAAAAAGA